GUUUUCUGUUCCACUUUGAGUUGAAGAUCCAGCGCGUUCACGUCGCUUUGAAGGGAGCGCGCCCGUAGGUUUGGAAGUCUCAUGCUGGUGACGUCACGGCGACGCGCUGGUGUCAGGCGCGAGUGGUGUUGACAUUCAAGGCACGGAGGGAGCACAACGCUCGCAGCAGACACGUUCGAGCAGCACACUGAGUGGAGAGCGCGAUGGCUUCUGUGAGUGUGGUGGGCCAACACCCGGCCCAGCACAGGCUCGACUCGGAACCCUUGCUCCGGGUCUUUAAACCGGCCGCCGCCGGCAGGAAGAAAAUCACCCUGCCGAGGAAGUCUUCCUGGGAGAAAAUUAUGUUGAGAAGAUGCGGUUCCGUCACCGCUCCGAACCAUGUCGGGACGUGCCAUUUGGCUGCAGGGCCAGCGGAUGAAGCGUCCUCGUCUGCCCCGGCGUCGCCACGUAGCCCGGACCCGGCCAGGCAGCAGGGGGGCGGCGAACGCUCCGACUGGUGCUGCCCGGGCAGGAGAGACGCUCACACUGUGUUCGCGGUCGCUGACGGCAACGCGGAGGCUGCGCUCCCGAGUUCCCCCGUCCAUGUCACGAACAGCACGUCGCUCGCUGAUGCCGCCGCCCGCCACCGGCAGCGGCUUCUGCACAGCGGAAGGGACUUUUACAACAAAGACGUCGGACACCAGAGCUCGGUGUGCGCCCGUGUGGAGAACGGGGGUCUCCCUCUGGAGCGUGUGACGCAAGGCAGGACCGGAGUGGUGAGGCUGGCCCGCACCGAGCCUCCCCGCAGAGAGGCCUGGGCCAUCUUCCCGCGGGGGUCGGAACCCCGGCUGGCGGCUGACAAGGGUGCGGGACACCGCUUCGAAGCCAAGGCGCUUACGCAGGACUGGUGUGACGCUUGCAGCCGCCAGAUCACCGCGCAGGCCCUCGAGUGUCAAAACUGCACGUACACCUGCCAUCUGGAGUGUGAGAGACAGGUCCAGCUGGACUGCAACCAGAGGGACAAUGUGCCUGAAGAAACUCAUUUUCCAAGAAGCCACUGCUCCACAGCAGAACACAAAAGUGAGGCAAAGGAGGAAGAGGAAGGUGAAAAAGACCUUCCAGAGGAAGAGGUGUGCACCAGGGUAGAAGAAUACAACUCCCGGGUGUCAGAGAAUGGCAUGAAACUGGCUUCAGACGGCUCUUACACAGGUUUCAUCAAAGUCCAUCUGAGGCUCAGUCGACCCGUCACAGUGCCCGCUGUGGAGGUGCUGGUCCCUGGAGGCCCUGAUGGAUCACCGUCUCCGGGUCAAGACCGUGGACAGGGUGAGGACAGAACCUCCUUCUACCUUCCAUGUGACUGCGUCAAGCAGCUGCACAUCAGCUCCACGACAACCACCAGAGAGGUGAUCCAAGGCUUGCUGAAGAAGUUCAUGGUGUUGGACAACCCUCGCAAGUUUGCCUUGUACAGACAGACGCAUCGCGAUGGACAAGAUUUGUUCCAGAAACUUCCUCUGUGUGAGCGUCCUCUUCUUCUGAGACUGAUUGCAGGGCCUGACCCCGAGCAGCUCAGUUUUGUCCUCAAGGAAAACGAAACUGGAGAAGUUGAGUGGCAUGCCUUCUCCGUCCCGGAGCUCCAAAACUUCCUGGUCAUUCUGGAUAAGGAAGAGGCGGAGCGUGUGCGAGCGGUGGAGUCUAAAUAUACAAUGUACAGAUGCAAACUACAGCUAGCUCUACAACAACACGACCCCUGACCCUCUCACCUGGUACCAUGUGACCUCAAAGCAGGGAGAGGUUCCACCCUUUCAACACUGAACAACCAACCCGUCACCCCUCCAAAGACCCGCGAUCCAAUCAGAGAGCUCGGAGAUGAAGCUGAGCUCGUCUCCGCAUACACACAAACAAACAAAAGCCUUUCUCAGGACACAUUGUACUCCCCCCUCCUCCUCAUCUACCAUCUUUGAGGAGCCCUAGGGGACUUUAGGGGUGUUUGAACUCUCGCAACAACACAGCUGGGACUGCAAAGUGUUUAAUUGCAUUUAAAAUGACCUUCUCUCCUUUUGCUACUGCUGCUACUGCAAAGUGUUACUUAUGCACGUGUCUCUCUCAGCUCAUCCCCACACAUACACUAUUGCUGACCACCCAUUUAGAAUGAUAAAUAGAACGCAUGGUUACCUUUUCAGCAUCUCUUUGGAAUGAAAGGACAAUCAUAACAAGCGUUUGUUUUCUUGAUAUGUUGGCUCUGAUGUGCAAGAUUCAGGCGUUCAUUUUGUUGCUUGAAACGACGACGUGGACUUAUGAGAGAGGUGUAGGGACUGUCUUGUUGAACAAAGAACACUGCUUUAAAAACAAUCCUAUACUAAAUCCUAGGAUUCUGGAUUCCUACUUCAGCAAGUCAGUAAGGUGUUUAAUGAGAACCAGCCUCCCUCCAUGUGACGAAUGUCUGAGCUCCGCCUGCAAACGAAGCCAUUUUGUGACUCAAAAACACUGUUUUGUGCAUUUGAUGAUUAUGAUGUUUGCGCCAAACUCAGAGGAACACAUCCAGCAUGGUGAUUUUUAAAUGCGGGAAACACAUUUGGAUGCUUUUUCAAUUUUAAAACGGCAUAUACACCGACUGGCCACAACAUGAGGUGUGGAGAUCUAUUAUAAGAGCUGUAUCAAAAUUGAUUGAUUCUGCCAGAGAGCUGUUUAUUUAACAGUAGUUUCUAGUGUGGUUGUUCUUUAGCUUGCUGCAUCAUAAUCAGAGCUGCAUCCAAUUACACAGAAUUAUUGGAUCACAAGUGGUUAUAAAAAUAACUGCUGCUUUUCCACUGAACAGUACCAGUUCAGCGAGACUCUGCACACCUCGCUUUGGGACUGAAAAACACGACAAAACGAAACACCAUAUCAAAUAACGAUUGUCUCCUAUAUUUACAAAUUCAAUUAAGGAGGACACAUUGGGCAGCAGGAAAAUGAACCACCGCAGGAAAGUGGAGAGAUAAUACUGCAGAGUCCAGAACUAAGGCAUAAUAGAGCAAGAUCAAAUUAGCUUGUGGUUAUAUGCAUCCUAGAAUGUGUUGUGGCUGACCAAGUACUAUUUCUAAGAGGAAAGAGAUCAAUAGUAGAGAGUAGAGCCAUAAAAGUACUUACCUUGCAUGGGAAAUGGGGCAAAUUGCUUAAAAGCUAUGGCCAGUGGGUUUGUCACUAACAUGCAGGUAACUUCUACAUAAAUUAAAAAGAAACAAAGCAAAAAUCAUAAAGGUUAUGUACCAAUGAUGGGUUUGUGAUGCAUACAGUAUGUGAUAUGAUCAGUAUACACUGGAAAAUGAUGGUUUGUUGUUAUGAUGAAUAUCAUUGUUCUUUUGGCAUCAUUGUGCAUGUGGAGUUAAUGCAUGUGUGGAGUUAAUGUGAAAACUGUAGUAUUUUGUUAUAUUGACUUCUACACGAACGCAUGUGGCCUCACUUAUGAUCAAAAUGUGCAUUAUUUCCAUCCUCAAAUGAAGUUGCAUGGAUGAUAAAGGAGUUCAUUUUUUUUUAUUAUCAAUUUCAUUCAGCAUUUGGACCAAAGAGGUGAUUUUUUUUUUUCCCUCCACAUAAUUCUGUUUCAACAUUUUAAAAUAAAUAUGAUAAAUGAGGCCACUUGUCCAUUAGCACUUAGUUAGCCUAAAAGCAUAGUUGCGUUAGUCAUAUUUGAACAUUUUUGGAAAACAAGGGGGAAAAAAUAAUAAUUCAACAAGCAAGAAGAGUCCAGGUGCCUCGAUUCAACUUUUGCGGGCAAGCAUGAGCCGGAUAACUGAGAAUUCACACAAAGAAAAAAUAUGCAUUUUAAGAAAAAUACUUUUUUUUUUUUUUUUUUUUUUUUUUUUUUUGCAAGCACAUUGGUAUUUUCCUGAUUGAUAUUGUGAUCAUAAUUUAAAAAUGACUUAGGAGACUAUUCUAUGAGGCUAACGACAUGCUUCUCAGUUAACAAUUUGUGCAACCAGAGCUGAUCCCACAGGCAGUGCCUUUUGUUUCCUGUGUCCAAUGGUAUCUGUACAUGCACCCAAUGGAUGGACUGUGUGUCCCUGUACACAGGUGCCUCACUGUUUGUAUGUGUGCAAAUAUUUUUCUUUGAGGUGGUGUCACAUGUUACUUUUAUUUCUUUCUUCCACCCAGUCAUUUCACUCAUUUGUCAUUCCAACAAACCGUGUGUGCGACUGUUAUUUAUGUAAUUAUAUGCCCAAGGGUUGAGACGUAAUGCUUUUUUGCAACUAAGUUUGUUUGACUAGAAGAAGGGUGAUGACUAUAUCAAUAGAGAUGUACAGACUUGUCAGACAGAAAUUAAAAAAAGGUUAUCCCUUUAUCGGAAUCAUUUUGAUGUGUUUGUUGUCUUUGUUUGCAGUAUGAUUUUUGCAGACCAGAGUUAGACUAUGUUAUGUCACCUUCUCUGUCUCAUGUUUCAGUUUUACUUGUACAACACAGCUCUACGUAUAUAGAUAGAUGCUCACUUGAGCAAAAAUACACCUCAGGUAGGAUUAUGUUUCACAACAUUCCUUCCACACAGGCGGUCUUCCCAGAAAGUUGCAAACACCACCGAAUAUACUGAAGGAGAAUUCAUUCUAAAUGUAGUGGAUAUAGAGUGA